GCAGCGCCCCACGUGCGCGGAGCCCCUCCGCGCUCACCGCCCCGUGCUCGGUACCCCACGGCACCCGUCCCUCCUCUGAGCUCCUCGGGGCGACGCCCUUGCCGAGCGGUCACCCCGCAGCCCCCACGUCCUCGCCCUCCGCGAGGUCCGACGGCCGACCGGAGGAAGAGCCUGUCGCGGGCCGGCCCUCUCCGGAGCCCCCGGGCUUGUGUACGUCGGGACUGACGGCGUGAAACUGGCGGCUGAGCGGACGGGCACCCGCCGUCCGCCUUCGCCCGGAACAGAGGAGCCAUGUCCCCGGGGCCGAGGUGCCCUUUUGGCGGCCCCGCACUUUGCCGCGGGACCGGACGCCACCGCUGCGAGCACCUCGCGCCCUGCAGCCUGAGGACGUGCCCCAGGCGAAGGGGUUUGCAGCAGACACGCGAGGAUUCUCGUGCAGAACCCCCCCCCCCAGGGCGAAAACUGCAGUAGGACCCGUGCUCGCAGAGUAGCUGAGGACUGACUCGGGAGGCUGGGGAAAGAUCUCGAGCGGCUGUGAGAAACAGGACAAGGAUGUUUCACUUAAGGACUUGUGCUACUAAGUUGAGGCCGUUGACGGCCUCACAGACUGUUAAGACAUUUUCCCAAAACAGACCAGCAGCCGCCAGGACGUUUGGGCAGAUCCGGUGCUAUACUGCCCCCGUGGCUGCGGAGCCCUUCCUGAGCGGGACUAGCUCCAACUAUGUGGAGGAGAUGUACUAUGCCUGGCUGGAGAACCCCAAGAGUGUUCACAAGUCAUGGGACAUUUUUUUCCGCAACACCAAUGCCGGGGCGCCCCCAGGCACUGCCUACCAGAGUCCACUCCCCCUGAGCCUGGGUACCCUGUCAGCUGUGGCCCGAGCACAGCCCCUGGUGGCUGCACAGCCCAACGUGGACAAGCUGGUGGAGGACCACCUGGCGGUGCAGUCUCUCAUCAGGGCCUACCAGAUACGAGGGCAUCAUGUAGCACAGCUGGACCCCCUGGGAAUUUUGGAUGCCGAUCUGGACUCCUCCGUGCCCGCUGACAUUAUCUCAUCCACAGACAAACUUGGGUUCUAUGGCCUGGACGAGUCUGACCUGGACAAGGUCUUCCACCUGCCGACCACCACGUUCAUUGGGGGGCAGGAGUCGGCGCUGCCUCUGCGGGAGAUCAUCCGGCGGCUAGAGAUGGCCUACUGCCAGCACAUCGGGGUAGAGUUCAUGUUCAUCAAUGACCUGGAGCAGUGCCAGUGGAUCCGGCAGAAGUUCGAGACACCCGGGGUCAUGCAGUUCACCAAUGAGGAGAAGCGCACACUGCUGGCCCGGCUGGUGCGGUCCACCAGGUUCGAGGAGUUCCUACAGAGGAAGUGGUCAUCUGAGAAGCGCUUUGGCCUGGAGGGCUGUGAGGUGCUGAUCCCGGCCCUCAAGACCAUCAUCGACAAGUCCAGUGAGAAUGGCGUGGACCAAGUGAUUAUGGGGAUGCCGCACAGGGGGCGACUGAACGUGCUGGCAAACGUCAUCAGGAAGGAGCUGGAGCAGAUCUUCUGUCAGUUUGACUCAAAGCUGGAGGCCGCAGACGAGGGCUCUGGGGAUGUGAAGUACCACCUGGGCAUGUACCACCGGAGGAUCAACCGCGUGACAGACAGGAACAUCACCUUGUCACUGGUGGCCAACCCCUCCCACCUUGAGGCCGCCGACCCGGUGGUGAUGGGCAAGACCAAAGCCGAACAGUUUUACUGUGGGGACACCGAGGGGAAGAAGGUCAUGGCCAUCCUUCUGCACGGGGAUGCCGCGUUUGCCGGCCAGGGCAUUGUGUACGAGACCUUCCACCUGAGCGAUCUGCCAUCCUACACGACCCACGGCACCGUCCAUGUGGUGGUCAACAACCAGAUCGGCUUCACCACAGAUCCUCGCAUGGCCCGCUCCUCGCCCUACCCCACUGACGUGGCACGAGUCGUGAAUGCCCCCAUUUUCCAUGUAAACUCUGAUGACCCAGAGGCCGUCAUGUAUGUGUGCAAGGUGGCUGCUGAGUGGAGGAACACUUUCCAUAAGGACGUGGUGGUGGACCUGGUGUGUUACCGGCGCAACGGCCAUAACGAGAUGGAUGAGCCCAUGUUCACGCAGCCGCUGAUGUACAAGCAGAUCCGCAAGCAGAAGCCGGUGCUGCAGAAGUACGCGGAGCUGCUGGUGUCGCAGGGUGUGGUCAACCAGCCCGAGUACGAGGAGGAGAUCUCUAAGUACGACAAGAUCUGUGAGGAGGCCUUCGCCCGGUCCAAGGAUGAGAAAAUUCUGCACAUCAAGCACUGGCUGGACUCCCCCUGGCCUGGCUUCUUCACACUGGAUGGGCAGCCCAGAAGCAUGACCUGCCCCUCCACGGGCCUGACGGAGGACAUCCUGACGCAUAUCGGGAAUGUGGCCAGCUCCGUGCCCGUGGAGAACUUCACCAUCCAUGGGGGGCUGAGCCGGAUCUUGAAGACGCGCGGGGAGCUGGUAAAGAACAGGACGGUGGACUGGGCCCUGGCGGAGUACAUGGCUUUCGGCUCCCUGCUGAAGGAAGGCAUCCACAUCCGGCUGAGUGGCCAGGAUGUGGAGCGGGGCACUUUUAGCCACCGCCACCAUGUGCUCCACGACCAGAACGUGGACAAGAAGACCUGCAUCCCCAUGAACCACCUGUGGCCCAACCAGGCCCCCUACACUGUGUGCAACAGCUCGCUGUCUGAGUACGGGGUCCUGGGCUUUGAGCUGGGCUUUGCCAUGGCCAGUCCCAAUGCCCUGGUGCUCUGGGAGGCCCAGUUUGGCGACUUCCACAACACAGCCCAAUGCAUCAUCGACCAGUUCAUCUGCCCUGGGCAGGCCAAGUGGGUGCGGCAGAAUGGCAUCGUGCUCCUGCUGCCCCAUGGCAUGGAGGGCAUGGGCCCAGAACAUUCCUCUGCCAGGCCCGAGCGGUUCCUACAGAUGUGCAACGAUGACCCUGACGUCCUACCAGACCUCCAGGAAGCCAACUUUGACAUAAGUCAGCUGUACGACUGCAACUGGGUGGUUGUCAACUGCUCCACGCCCGGCAACUUCUUCCAUGUGCUGCGCCGCCAGAUCCUCCUGCCCUUCCGGAAGCCGUUAAUCAUCUUCACCCCCAAGUCCCUGCUGCGGCAUCCCGAGGCCAGGACCAGCUUCGACGAGAUGCUUCCAGGGACUCAUUUCCAGCGGGUGAUCCCAGAAGAUGGCCCUGCAGCCCAGAACCCAGAAAACGUCAAGAGACUUCUGUUCUGCACCGGCAAAGUGUACUAUGACCUCACCCGAGAGCGCAAAGCGCGGGACAUGGUGGAGCAGGUGGCCAUCACAAGGAUUGAGCAGCUGUCGCCGUUCCCCUUCGACCUGCUGCUACAGGAGGUGCAGAAGUACCCCGGGGCCGAGCUGGCCUGGUGCCAGGAGGAGCACAAGAACCAGGGCUACUACGACUACGUGAAGCCCCGGCUGCGGACCACCAUCAACCGCGCCAAACCCGUGUGGUAUGCUGGCCGCGACCCAGCGGCAGCUCCCGCCACCGGCAACAAGAAGACGCACCUCACGGAGCUGCAGCGCCUGCUGGACACAGCCUUUGACCUGGACGCCUUCAAGAAUUUCUCAUAGAUGCUGCCCAGCCACUGGGCCGCUGGCCUCCACGUCCACCACUGCCCUUGCUUUUCAACUAAAGAAUACAUAGUGCCUCAGUGCUGCCCACGCCUCCGCCCGUGACCCCACACUCCUCUCGCGCACUUAGCAACUAGGUUGCCCCUCGCAAGGCAGGUGCUCCCCAGGCUCCAUGACUUCUGUCUGCUGAGCAGCCUUCCCAGAGGCUGUGGGAACUGGAGGAGAGGGAGCCCUGCAGGUGUCCUGGGAGGAUUGGCCAUCCCCAUCCCCAGCUUCACCCCAAGGACUGCCUCGUGGGGCUUACCACCCAGCAAGGGGUCCUGCAUCCGCUGGAGGUGGAUUCCUCUUCCUGGGUGGAGCCCCAGACACCUGGCAGGAGCCUUUGCCAUCAGAGGCCCUGUGGAGUAGGCAGGGCAGCUGACAGGAUGGCCUGGACCUGACCUGGCAAGAGAGCGGGUCCACUCUCCAUGGUGUCCACUCCACCUCUCAGAGGGUUCUGGGCGUGCAUGAGGCCAGAGAGUGGGUAGUCAAAAAGCUCCACUCGGCCCCACAGCCAGGGCGCAUCUACUGGUCUGGGUCCUGCCCCCUGAUCACCUCCACCUUUGCCCCUUACACAUCCCAGACUUCUCUCCUGUGUCCCUCUCACACUGGAGACCCUGGAGUGUUCUCUCCCUGCUGUGCCAAAGCCAGUCAGGAGGGGCAGGGGGCAGGGUGGGAACCUCCCUCAUCUGUCACAAGGACAGAUCUGAUUUAUUUAUUUUGGUUUAAAAAAAACAACAACAACUUUGCAUUGCAUUUGGCUUGACUCAUAAACUAAGUUAUCGGUGGA